AUGUCUAAGUCAAAUUCUGCAACCCCUGAAUUGUCUACAGGCUCUCUAGAUAUCAAAUCACCAACUCCAGCUGUGGCUGAACCGGAAGGCAAACAAAGAGAUCCUUCCGAUAAAGAAGGUCUCUUAUCUGAUAAAAUCAAUGAGAGUCCAACAGACAUUCUUUUAUACUUCCAAUUGAUUCAGUUGUAUGAAAUAAAUGAAUCCUAUGAUAAGAUUAAGUCAAUCUACGAUAAUUUAAAUGAUAUAUUCCCUUAUUAUACUCCGAUUUGGUCGUUACAAUUACUUAAUGAUUUACAGAGGGACGAAUUUGACAGUGUCGAGGUCACUCUAUCCAAAUGUCUUUCAGGAAAUUCCAAUAAUAACGAUCUGGCAUUGUGGAUGAUAUAUUUAGAUUAUGUUCGUAGAAAGAAUAAUAUCAUUACAGGUGGUCAUGAAGCUCGUUCUGUGGUGAUAAAAGCAUUUGAAUUGGUGCUAGAAAAGUGUGCUGUUUAUGAGCCAAACUCAGGUCAAUUUUGGAAUGAUUAUCUUAACUUUCUUGAGAACUGGAAACCAUUCAAUAAAUGGGAAGAGCAGCAAAAAAUUGAUAUGAUAAGAAAACUUUAUAAGAGAAUGUUGUCCGUACCAUUCAAUAAUUUGGAACAGAUGUGGGGGAAGUACACAGCAUGGGAGCAGGAAAUUAAUAACCUUACAGCUAGAAAGUUUAUAGGUGAAUUAUCCCCAGAUUAUAUGAAGGCAAGAUCGCUGUAUAAAGAAUGGUCCAAUGUAACUAAGGGUCUAAAAAGGGUAGCUCCAUUAAAUCUGAGUACAGUAAAUAGGAAUAACAUCCCUCAGCCAAACGUACCAAUAGAUGCCCAUCAAUUGCAACUCUGGUUAGAUUGGUUUUCGUGGGAAAAGGAAAAUAAACUAGUGCUUGAUGAAUCCGCUUUCAAUAAUAGAAGAUCAUACGUUUAUGAACAAGCAAUCCAGUUCAUGGUGUUCACUCCUCAAAUUUGGUAUGAAUAUAGUGUUUACCUGGGUACUGCCACAGAGACAGAACAAUUUCUAUCCUACGGCUUGAAGGCCAAUCCAAUGUCAUUAUUGUUAACGUUCAAAUUGUCAGAAUCCUACGAAUUGGCGAACAAUGUUGAUAAAAUAAAAAAUACAUAUGAAACUACAAUAAAUGCUGUAAUGAAGUACUAUAAUCAACUAAAACAACAACAAUCCUCGGAUAAUAUCGAGCUGGAUGAGAAAAUUAAUCAUGUGAAAGAGCAAUUGACUUAUAUCUAUUGUAUUUACAUGAAUACUGUUAAAAGGAUAUCUGGUUUAACCGCUGCUCGUUCUGUUUUUGGUAAGUGUCGUAAGUUGAAAAACAACCUAAACCAUAAUAUUUACAUUGAAAAUGCUUAUUUAGAGUUUCAAAAUCAAAAUGACUAUAAAACUGCUUGUAAAGUGCUUGAACUAGGUUUGAAAUAUUUCCACAGUGAUGGCAUUUACAUCAAUAAAUAUAUCGAUUUUCUGAUCAUGAUUAAUAAAUCGUCACAGAUCCAAACUUUAUUCGAGACUUCAAUAGAAAAGAUAACAGAUUUAGGUCAUUUAAAAGUUUUAUUUAAGAAAAUGAUCUCAUAUGAAGCGAAGUUUGGUAAUUUGAACAACGCCGCUUCAUUAAUCAAAAGAUUUACCGAAAAGUUCCCAAAUGAGAGCUCCAUUGAUAUUUUCACUGAUCGUUAUCAAAUCCAACGUGAGAAUUUAAUUAAAAAGUUAGAGUUGACAUAUUUGUAUGAACCCAGAGCUUCCGCAUUAUACAAUUUGACAAAUAUUCCGGAUCGUUAUAUUGGCAAUGAACAAUCAUCAGUGAAAAGAGCAUUAGAAAACACAUAUUACGAAGAACCAAAUAAAAGACAAAAUCAAGGUAAUUCAAACAUACCGCAAGAAAUAGUAGAUUUAUUGAGAAUCUUACCAAAACGUCAGUAUUUUAAGAAUGCAUUACUAGAUCCAAAUAAUUUAGUUAACUACUUGACUGAUCAAGUUGAAAUUACUGCAAAUCAAAAUAAUAAUUAG